CAUCGCACCAACCAUCCCGAGUUCUCCAGCAGCUAGCGGCCGGGUGACCUUGCGAUCUCGAUGUGAACGCCGCUCUGUUCAUCCACCGCAGCCCGGUCAGCAUUAAACCACGGGAACUUUUGGAAGCAACCUUAUCCUCCGCAGUCCAGUUUUUUUCGACGGGAUAUAUUAUUUGGAGAGCCUGUGCGCACGUUGUAAGGCGGAUUUUAACUGCCGGAGCUCGGCAGAAAGGUGAGGCAGGACAGGUGUAUAAAGUCCCAUCUUCGGAGCAGACCCACAGCAGUGCGAGGCAACUCGGGCAAGACUAAAAGGUCCCUCUGCCGUAAGCAGCAGCGAUGAAGUCCGCCGCAUCAGCCUAUGCUUCGGGAGCAGAUCCGGUGAUUGCCGCCCGCUCUGCUUCCGCUCCGAGUGUGUGCGGAGCCGAGAGGGUGGAGAGCUGCGUCCGCCGGAGAAUGGCUGCUAACGCCCGGGAGAGGCGACGCAUGCAGGGACUCAACACCGCCUUCGACCGGCUCCGCAAAGUGGUACCUCAGUGGGGGCAAGACAAGAAACUUUCCAAAUAUGAGACGUUGCAGAUGGCCCUAAGCUACAUUAUGGCCCUGACUCGAAUACUGACCGAGGCCGAACGCUACGGCAGCGACCGGCGCUGGAUUCACAUCCAGUACCAGCACAUAGAGGGGAGCGAGAGCAUUCAGACUUAUGUGGGACAGGUAUCAGAGAAAAAAGACAUGUGCACAGAUAGCAUCUUCCCGUUCAACCACGACAGCUUCCAGUCAGUCAACUAAAUUAGCGCUGGCUGAGGAAGAUUCAAAUUGCAUAUUUCCAAACGGUCCUGCAGAUCUCGCACUUGCUUCAGUUUGAAUGUACUAGUCAUACUGGUAAUUUUAUGGAUUUAGCUAAACAGGUUCUGUGGUAGUAAGGUUUGAUUUGCUGGAAUGUGUGUAGAUAACCUUAGAGGGUGUAGCGAGGCUGAGAAGCGAGUCGCUGCUGAAUGGACAACUUGUCGCGCUAGCACGGUUCAAACACAUCUACUUCAUAAGUACGUGCAUUU